AGCCCGUCAAUAAAUAGUUCUAAUUUCAAAGACCAAACAAAAGAUGGUACCCAAACAUUUAUUAUGACGUUUACAAGUAAAUACGAUAAUAAUCGUGUGAGAAAACGUGUAAUUUGUAUUGUUAGUAGAAAUACGUUUUUUUCACGUUUGAAAUAAUAAUAAUUAUGAAUCUAAAUUAGUGAGUAAAGUUUAGUAUGAAGACUGCCAAUAUGACCAGGAAUAAGGGACAAGUAUAUAGUGUUGGAAAUUAUCUAAUGACUGGCAAAGUAUUAGGGAAGGGACACUUUGCGAGAGUUGAAGAGGCGACACAUAGGAUAAUAGGAAAAAAGGUUGCUAUAAAGAUCAUUGACCUGACAUCUAUAAAGGAGGAGUAUGCCCGCCGGAACCUGCACCGCGAACCCCGCGUCAUGGCGAAACUACGACAUCCAUGCAUCGCGGCCCUGUACGAAACUAUGAUGCACGGGCCGCGGCUGUACGUGGUGAUGGAGGCGGCGGGCGGCGGCGACCUGAGCGCGCACGUGCUGGGCGCGCGCGGCGCCACGCGCGGCCUGCCCGAGCCGCGCGCGCGCGCACUCGCCGCGCAGCUCGUGUCCGCCGUGCGACACAUGCACGCGCGCGGCGUCGUACAUCGUGAUUUGAAAAUGGAAAACAUCAUGCUAGACAGCACUAAGCAAUUUAUAAAAAUAGUUGACUUCGGACUAUCAAAUAUGUGGAGUGGUGGGGCAGCUCUGCGAACCCCGUGCGGCUCGCUCGAGUACGCAGCACCGGAACUGUUCGUCGACGGCCGCCGAUAUGGACCCGAAGUUGAUCUAUGGAGCAUAGGUGUGAUAGUGUACGGCAUGGUGACGGGCGGGCUGCCGUUCACGGGCGCGGAGGGCGGCGAGGGCAAGUCGCGGCCGCAGCUGCGCGCCGCCAUCACGCGCGGCUUCACGCGCAAGCAACGCGCCGCGCUCGCCUGCGUGUCUCCCGAGUGUAAGGCGUUCAUACAGCAUCUGUUGGAGCCAAACGUGGAGCUCCGCAUGAAGAUCGAGGAGGCUUCUCGUCACCGCUGGGUGAGGAAGUCCGGCAUGAAGAUGAAAACACACCCUUUUGGCAACGUCGAGGCCUCUUCUAACAGGGAGAUAUACCGUCAGCUAUCAGAAUUAUGCAGCAUGACGAUCAUGGAUGUGGUGGCACAAAUAAAAGCGGAGCCGUUCGGUCCGAUGGCGGGCAUGUACAACAUCAAGACGCACCUGCAGCAGGCGGCGGCCGUGGCGGGCCCCGACCUGCUGUGGUCGGCCUCCGCGCAAGAGGCGCGGCCAGCCUCGCCGCCCGAGUACCGCGCCAAGUACGAGCUCGACCGCGACUACCCCGUCGCCACCAGCCACGCGUCCAGCAGCAAGGCGAGCGCCGCCGCCGCCAUGUCCGCGGCCGCCUCCAUCGUCCAGUUGCCCAGCCCCAGGAUGAUCAACAGGCCCCUGAGCAGCGUGUACGGCUUGAAGAAACCUGUCUACAAGGUGUACGACAACGGAGACUGCGGUCUGGACCCGCGGCUACCCAGUAUCGACGAACAUUCCAGUACGGACGUGAACGACGCAAAGAAGAUGACGAGGAGCAAAAACAUUAGGAUGCCGUGCGUGCGGAAAGUGAGCCUUGAUGAGGAGCGGACUAUGAGACUAGGCAGUUGCCCGAACAGACUCGGUGAUAAACGCGCAGAGUUCUAUAGGAAGGCAGGGGACGGCAUACCGAGCUGGCGAGCUAUCGGCUCGCUUGGCACACCGCCACCCAGAAUCCUCCUACAGAGCAACGCCACAACUAUUAAACGAGCAUCUUUGGGUAACAUCGUCAGUCCGCACUCAUCUUCAAACAGCCACUGCAAGAGCGAGAGGGCGAUGCCAGUCGGUUGGUACUCGACCCGCAGCAUGGGCAAGGAACCCUCUCACUUGCAGCGACUCCGACGCACGGCUCCGAUGAAGUGAAGAACAAAUACCAACGCCCCUCCACUCCAUUAGCCCACCGCCACACACUAGACUAAUCGCCUUAAAAACUCAAACCAUGCGAUUAGUCGCCAGUGUGCAGCGGACAUUAGUUUAAAUUUUUGCGUGCUACCCUCAUUGUAAUGUUAAGCGAAUAAGCAGUUAUUAUAUUGUACGCGCUCGACUUCCAAGCAAUCGUUUUUGGACUAGUAUUUUUUUGUUACGUUUAUAAUAAUGAGUUUACAUACUAAAUAAUAGAGUGUUAUGUUAUGCUUGUAUGCAUGUAUUUUAUUGAAAGAUUAAUAUAAGAUGUGCAUUAAAGUAUUA